AUGGCGGACCGCAUCCGCGAGGCCGACGAGGGCAACGAGGCUCUGGACCCGGAGCUCCUCUACUCAAAGGACUACUGCAUUGGCGGAGGCAGCUUUGGCAAGGUCUACAAGGGCGUCGACAAACGCACCGGCCACGCCGUCGCCAUCAAGGUCAUCGACAUUGAAAACGCAGAGGACGAGGUCGAGGACAUCAUCCAAGAGAUCGCCAUCCUCUCGGAGCUCCAGUCGCCAUACGUCACAAAGUACUAUGGCUCCUACGCAAAGGGCGCCGAGCUGUGGAUCGUCAUGGAGUUUUGCGCCGGCGGCAGCUGUGCCGAUCUCAUGAAGCCGGGGCUCAUUGGCGAGGACUACAUUGCCAUCAUCGCCCGCGAGCUGCUCAUGGGGCUCGACUACCUCCACUCGGACAAGAAGCUGCACCGCGACAUCAAGGCCGCCAACGUCCUCCUCGGCUCCGGCGGCCAGGUCAAGCUCGCCGACUUUGGCGUCUCGGGCCAGCUGUCGGCCACCAUGACCAAGAAGAACACGUUUGUCGGCACCCCCUUUUGGAUGGCCCCAGAGGUCAUCAAGCAGUCGGGCUACGACCACAAGGCCGAUAUCUGGUCCCUCGGCAUCACCGCGCUCGAGCUCGCAAACGGCGAGCCCCCCUACGCCGACAUUCACCCCAUGAAGGUUCUCUUCCUCAUCCCCAAGAAUCCGGCCCCCAGACUCGAGGGAAACUUUACAAAGGCCUUCAAGGACUUUGUCGAGCUGUGCUUGCAACGCGACCCCAAGGAACGGCCCACGGCGCGGGACCUGCUCCGACACCCCUUUAUCCGCAAGGCCAAGAAGACGUCGUACCUGACGGAGCUGAUUGAGCGCCACGGCCGCUGGGCGGCCACCCACAAGGCCGACGACGACGAGUGCUGGGACACGGUUGACGCCUGCGCACCCGCCGAGCGCGAGACGGUUGACGAGGACAUGUGGGACUUUGGCACCGUGCGGCUGGUGGGCGACCGAGGCGGCGUCUUUGUCAACAGCCGCGCCGGGCUCAACGCCCUCGACGAGAACGCCACCAACGCCCGGGCUGCGCGCCCCGCCGAGACUGGCGACGCCAAGGACGAGAGGCGAGGCGACCUCAGCCCGGCCAAGACGCGCGACCAGGCCCUGCAGUCGAGCGACACGCUCAAGGCGGCAAAUCAGGCCACGUCGCGGCAGGGCAGCCCGCAGCGCAGGCCCGUCUCAACGCAGGCUCUGCCCGCCAGCUCGCCGACAAGGGUGCCGCUGCCGCCGAGUCCGGUCAAGGCUCUUGCGCGCGACGGGCUGGGGACGCCGUACAAGCUCAACACGCCGCGGCCGCUGCCGCCGGACCCAUCGUCGGAGUCUCCCGGCUAUGACGAAGAGCUGCAGGCCCAGCUGCAGCGCGACCUGGGCAUGCUGAACCUGAACCUGAGCAUGGCGUCGUCGGCGCGGUCCUGCUCGGUGCAGGCGGCGCCGUCGGCCGGGGGCAGAUCGCCGCAGCCGCCGCCGCACGACGUGACCUCGCGGUCGCCCAGCAGCUCGCGACCGCCGGCCAUGGCGAUAGCGGACAUUCCGCCGUUCAGAGGCCCGUCUCCGCGGGCCGUGUCGCAGCAGGUGACGGCGCAACGCGCGACGAGCACGGCGCCCAAGCCACUAUCUCCCGGCGAGUGGGAGGCGUCAGCGGUGCCGUCGUCGUUUCCGUCGCCCAUCUCGGCGAACCCCAACGGGGAGCUGGACGCGCUCAACGACGUCAUGUUCCCUGCGCUGGAGGAGGCGCUGAAGCGGCGACAGAUUCGGCUGCAACAAACGCUCAAGGCGGGGCCGCGGACGGUGAAGCAGCAGCGGGCCGAGGCGGCGCACGAGAAGCUGCGCAAGCUCGUGUACAAGCUGGCACACGUGUGCAAGGAGAUUGACCAGUACGACAAGGCGGAGCCGGUGGGGAUGGGCCGGGAGGUGGACAGCUUCCUGGAGGGACUGUUGGAGGAGAUCCUGGUGCGGGUCGAGCCGCUGGACGAGGAGGAGGCUUAG